ACACGGUAUACAGAACAAGCCUCACACACAUCACGGAGUCUGGACUCAACUCAGCAUAUGGUGAACAUGUGGAAGUUUCUGGUCUUCAUCGCGGCUGUGGUCGUCUGGCCGGACUCGGCAAUAGGCGAAGAAUACCUGACCACGGUCGACAGCUGGAAUUUUUACAAAGUUCGUGUGACCGGCCGCUCCUCGAUGUCCAACGCCAAUCUCAAGGCCGCGUGCGAAGCUGUGGGGCUGCGGUACCCGUGUCAUUUCUCCGGCGGCGCUGGAUGUUCCUUCGGCUACUGGACCUCGGGCUGCAUCAGGUAUGACGGCGGCGACAGCUGUCGCACCCACACCGUCCUGGCGGCAAACCUGUGCGGAACUACCGACUACUGGGACUGCCGGCCCCUGGACGACACCUUCGUGUACAUCCACGGCUGGAGCGGUAACGGCGCCUGCGGAGUGGACUACGGGACUAACACCUACUGUCUGGAGGGAGCGAACUACAGCGACAUGUACGCCCUGUGUGCGGAUCCAGGCCCUUGCAGCAGCGCCCCCUGUCUUAAUGGAGCUACAUGUCAGGACGACGGGGAGAACAACUUCACCUGUCAGUGUGUGCCUGGCUAUAAUGGAACUUUGUGUGAAACAGAUAUAGACGAGUGCAGCAGCGACCCCUGUCAAAAUAACGCUACAUGUCAGGACGGAGUGAACAGCUUCACCUGUCAGUGUGUGACUGGAUAUACUGGAACUCUCUGUGAAGUCCCGUACGCUGGCGGCUGCCUGCUGUUCUCCUCCGAUGCCUUGUCCUAUCCCGAAGCGAGCCAGGAGUGCCAGACCAGGGGAGGGCACCUGGUGGAUGUGAAGGAGGCCGAGCUGCAGCGGCUCAUCGCUGACUCCAUCCCUACCAGAAGUGACGUGUCCCCGUGGAUCGGACUCAAGCUGUCGCCCGGAGUGAUGACCUACACAGACGGGUCCAGUGUCUCAGAUAUUGACGAGUGCUCCUCCAAUCCUUGUCAAAACGGCGGAACCUGUCUGCACGGUGUGAACUCCUACAGCUGCCACUGUGAUGUCGGGUACGGAGGCGAGAACUGCCAGAACGAUCUGGACCUGUGUGCCCAGUUUGCCUGUCCGUUCAACUGGCAGUGUCAGGACCAAGGCAACCACUUCAUCUGUCUCGCUGGGACCAGGCUGGCGGAACCCUACUCGUGCAGCAGCGCCUCCUGUCCGGACGGCAUGUACUGCAGGGAGGAGGGCGUGGCAUCUUUCUCGUGCAGAGCCGGGUAGAUUCCCGACUCGGCUGAUCUGCAGAACAACGUGGCGA